GACAACGUGUGAGUAAUGGAAACACUCUAGUGAUUUCAUGGUUUGCAGCUUGACAGCUGUGCUGGGACGCGCCCUUGAUGAGUCUGUAUUCAGGUAAGUUGCUUUGGAAGUGUUGUGUUGUGGGGAUUCCAGCACUAGUAAAGCAGCUGUUUGGGGGCAGUAAAGUAGUGAGAGAGCAGCAGCCCGUGGCCCCUUCAGCCCCCAGCGCGGCAGCCUCGAGUUGUGCUUCCCGGUGAAAUGCGGGGUCGAAGCCAGGACUGCGGGCAUCCUUCUUACGGUAUGUCUGGCUGGCGGGCACCGUCCAGAGGAGUGCGGUGGUGGGCAGUCAGGGGAAACGCCGCCGGUCUGUCACACCUCACGAGAGAGAGUGGACCCUCCACCUCACUUUACGCUGUUUCCACCGCAUGCACACUUGUGUUGGGUGCGGGAGAGGAAACGCCAGAACCAGAGCACAUUCCCUGCUCGCAGAAGAAGUUACGAUCUGAUGGGGCAGGCGUUCACCAAAUACACUAAACGGCUAGUGAGCGAGAGCCUGAGGCUACGGUCGUGACCGAGACAGCAAGGCCCUGCCCUCAAGGAGCGAAAAUGCUGGCGGGGGAGGCGGACAACAAGUAUUUUUUUGAUGGGCUUUGGGUUUUGUUAAGGGCGGCGAAGAGAGUGAAGUGGAGGAGUGCCACGGAGCGUGACGUGGAGGGGGCGAGCUGGGGAAGCCCUCCGGGGCAUUUGUGUCAGCAGCAGGCAGACGCGCUUCGGGGGUGUUGCGCGCCGGUGGGGAGCUUGAAGGGCCCGGGCCCCCGGGGCAGGGCCGGGCCUCGUGGAGCCCAGCGGCGCCUGAGGCUUCACUCUGCCGCCGUAACAGCGAAGGCGCCCUUGGCAGGUUUCGCUGGGGGAGGGCGCGUGACGUGACGUGGUCUAACCUCGGGAGCAGCGAGCCCGCCGCCCUGAGGGGGUUGGCUGGGGCGGGCGGCCUGCGUGGGAGAGGGGCGCCUGGGGGCUGUGAGGGUCGGUGCGGCCCAGCACGCGUUUGGGAGGGAGAGCUCAGGAGAGUUACCGGUGGCCUGUGUGCGGGUUGUGAGCAAGAGGAGAAAGCACGAUGGCAGCGUUUGUGGCGGAGGCGCUGAACGGCCGGAGUUGCCUUUCUCUGAGGUGGUCGCGUCAGGUCAGCCAGUGCUGCCACGCUAGGGCCCCGGGAAAGCAGCGAGCAGACCGUGUGCUGUGCGUCAGGAGGGCCGCGAGCAGCAGGGCUAAGCGACAGACGGGCGUUCGGAGCCCAGGCGAGAGGUGGGGAGGAGAGAUCCGAGGAGGGAGACGGAAGUUAGUCAUCUCGGGAGAAGUAUGUAACUCGGAAAGUGUGACAGGCCCGCGUGUGGAAUGGCCAUCUGAGAUGCGGCGCACGCCCAGCUCUAUGAACGGAACAGAGUGGGGUUGUUCCAGGCAGAUGUCACAGAGCGAAAAAGGAACAAGGGACCAGGGUAUUUGCAGGGGCGUGGUGAUCGCGUCGAACCACCAACUCUGCCCCAGCCGAGAAGGGAAACUAGGACUCGCGUGGGGUGGCUGGUGAAAAGGCAGGGGCAGCAGACGAGGUCAGACAGCCAGCUACAGGACAGGUGCGGAGAGAAGGUGCUGGUGUCGGGGGCCACUCACACACUCGGACGGACGGGGAGCCGCUCCCGGUAAUGAGCGCAGGGGUCGCGGUGGGGGAGCACAGGCUUCCAGAGUCAAGACGUGCUGGGGGAAAGCAGGUGGAGCUGGGGUAGCCAGUUAGAGGCCGGGUCUUGGGUGGCUCCUCCACAGGUGUUAAAGGUGCGGGAAUGAGGUGGAGGCGUGGCGGGACCUCCAGGUGCUGCCCGAGAAGACGACAGAAAGAACUCUUGGUGGGGAGACCUGACCUUCGGAGGAGGGAAGGAGGUUUGGAUCCGUCAGUAACCCAGGAAGGUAAGUGGAUGUAGCCACCCCUACCCCGGCUCCCAUGCCAGGGAGCUACAGCCGGUCUGGCACUGGGGGACUGAGUGAUCCAGGGGCUGAGAGAGGAACGGCUCUCGUUGCGGAGAACACUGUAGAGGAGUUAGCUUCCAAGGGAACGUGACGAGGCUGCCUUUGAGUGUUUUGUCGCCUUUUUCUCACUCGUCUUAAUGUUGGACCGAACUAAGAGCAUGUUUAUUUCACACGUUCAUAAAUAUGUUCAGGUUUGAGGGCAAUUGACUGCAGACAUUUUGCACCUGUUGAGAAGACAAUUUCUCAACUCUGCUUAGCAUCACAGAAAUGCAUUUUAUGUUCUAUCAAGUGGGCAAGCAUCUUCAGUAGUUUAUGAUCUUUCAUAAAAUGAAAAGUGUUGGAAAGUAAAUACCUUCGUUUCCAAGUAACAGGGGAGGAGAGAGAAGUUGCCAUGUUAUCAGACAAUGGAAGAUAUUUUGUUGAAUAAUAUAUAGAAUGAGCGGUGUGGCGCUGUAUUGCCUUACCUUUCAAAGGAUGAAACUGCUGUCUCCUAAAGGAUUCCCACACUUCUACCACAUUUAAAAAAAAACAGUAUGUGUUCGUGUACUGAUAUGUUUAUUCCCAUUUUACCAGAAAGAACACAAUUUCUCUACUAAUCAGAAAAAAAGUUUUGUAACCUCAAAACAAACGUUUACUCACCAAGCUGUAAAUAGCUUAAAUGGCUUAAAUUGGAGAUUUCUGUGGGAUUUUGAGCAGUCAAUAGGACAAUCCCUAAACUCUUCAGUUAUAGAAUAUUCAAGGCAUACAAGUGUUGUUUUUCUACACAGCAUAACUGAAAUGUAGUUUAACCAGUGAUUUACAAGGCAGUCAAAUACCAAAGCUGGAAAGCAUUUAGAGAACAAUCAAUUAUGUAUUUUCUAUACCUUCGAAAACCUUUCAGCUGUUAUCAAUCAUUUGUUUUCAUUGGCCAAGUAUGACUGCCGUAAAAUGAGCGUAUUCACUAGCCCACCACCUAAAAAGCAUUAAGCAUUCAUUUACAGAAUGAACGAACGAGCACGUUUGCUUUGGUUCUUGAAAUAGAAUUCCCUCGUGUAAGUAUAUUUUCUUUAUUUACAAAGUAUUAGGCUUAUUUUACAUGACUGCGCGCGCUUACAGUCCCGGCAUCACGAAGCAGGAGUUCCUGACCCUGUAGCGCCCAAGGAUGCCCAGUUCCGGCCAUAAAAGGGCAAGCUGGGUAGAAUGUUUGGUGCUUGGAUUUCGGAGGUGCUAGUGGGGCAGAUAAGGACCGCUUCCUGGUGUCUGGGGGAAGGAGAAGCGCCCCCGCCCCCCGUUCGGAACGCUCUCCAUCUCCAGUCCCUCAGAGGAAGUCGUGGCGAAGAAGCUGCUUCCAGGCCCCGCGCGCGCCUCUCCAGGUGCCCGUCCCGCUCCCGCGGCGCCUUCGUCCGGGAGGCUCUUCGCGGCGGCCGGACCCGGCCGACUUCCCUUCCAGCCGAGGCGCCUCCUUCCGCUCAGCGCCGCGCGGCUCCGUUCGGGACGUGUCCGCGCCUCCGCGACCACCGGAGCCACUUCGGGGCGAUGCUGGGGCCGCCGGUCUGGGCGCUGGUGGCCGGCGUCCUGCUGGCGCUGUCGCCGGGCCGGGCGGAGGGCGCCCCGAGGGCGGGCCGGCGGCCGGCGCGGGCGCGGGGCUGCGCGGACCGGCCCGAGGAGCUUCUGGAGCAGCUGUACGGGCGACUGGCGGCCGGCGUGCUCGGCGCCUUCCACCACACGCUGCAGCUGGGCCCGCGCGAGCAGGCGCGCAACGCCAGCUGCCCGGCCGGGGGCAGGCCCGCCGACCGCCGCUUCCGGCCGCCCACCAACCUGCGCAGCGUGUCUCCCUGGGCCUACAGGAUCUCCUACGACCCCGGCCGCUUCCCCAGGUACCUGCCCGAGGCCUACUGCCUGUGCCGGGGCUGCCUGACCGGGCCGCGCGGGGAGGAGGAUGUGCGGCUGCGCAGCGCCCCAGUGCUCGUGCCCGCGGUGGUCCUGCGCCGGACCCCGGCCUGCGCGGGCGGCCGCGCCGUCUAUACCGAGGAGUACGUCACCAUCCCCGUGGGCUGCACCUGCGUGCCCGGGCCAGACAAGGAUGCAGACGGCGCCAACUCCAGCCUGGACAAGCCGGCCCGGCCCUGAGCACCCAUCCCCAAUCCGGGGACCCCGAGGCCCCGAGGAAACUCGGACGGAGCACCCAGCGCUGGACUGGACUGGACUGCGUGUGAGCCUGAUCUCCUGCAUCCCCCAGGCUUCCUCUUGGGCAGGAGCGCAGGGCAGUGAAAGGUGGCGGGAACCAACCACGUUGCAGCCCUGUGUGGGCGGCCCAAGGCUGGGGCCACCACAGGUGACCCGCUUCACCAGAGUUCGUUGAGGCUCCCGGCCACCGGCCCCUUGCAACCACGGGUGAUAGCACUGCAAGGACCGCUGGGAGGGGACAGAGCCUCGAGGACAAACACUUACCACCUUUUUUUAAAAAAGUAGAAUAUAUACCUUCUUGUUUAUUCAGGUAUUUUCAGUAGGGGCAGAAACUUUUUAUAUUAGCCAUUUUGAGCAAGUAUAUUAAAAACAUUUUACUUGACAUGUAAACAUUUUACAAACAUUGUUUUCACUUCCUCGGCAGGAGUUUUUAGAAGCACACCCUCUAGCCCGCCUUGUGGCCUGGGUCCCUGAACCCCGCCUGUUGCCGACGGUCACCAGUGGACAUGGCUGCCUAGGACCUGCCCUCCCUCUGGGAGGCUCAGCUCACCCCAGAAUCUCACACUUGUAAGGUUUAUACAAUUAGAAAAUUUUUUCACUUGCAGACUUACGAUUCCCAGAAAUCAGGAGUGGAGUCCUCGUCUACGACCGCAACGUGAGCUAAACCUUUACCCUUUUCUUUAGGCUUAAAAGUUCUUUAAAAUCCUUAAAACAAUUGUAGGGGAAGGGCAUGCUGGCUGUGCAUUUCUCUCUGGGCUCCACUAAUUUUCAGAGGAAACAGUGGUAAUUAAGGUCUAUCAGUGUAUCUUAAUUUUAUGGUUAACGUUCAAGGAAGAUGAUCUGCAGAGUCGGCCUCAUUUAUAUGCUCUUGUCCCUACUGACAAUCAGUCUUGGUUUGAUCUGGACAGAAGGUCAACCGAGAGAACUUUCAAUCUGUACCAAAUAUUGACAGAGGUUGUGCAUGAAAAACACUGCUGAGCAAAAUUCCAAAUAAAAAAUUCAAAAUUGAAAUUGAUAGCUGUGGGUAGUUCUAUACCAUUUGGGGAACUUUACUUCUGUGCUCAACCUCUGGGGAAAAAAAAAAGGUAAGCCUAGUGGUGGUAUAUCUAGCAUACAUCAACAAAGAAAUCCACGAAUUAAAAAGAAAAAUUGCCUUUCAAACCUUGGGUAAUUAUUUCAAGCAUUGCCACUGUGGUGUAACAUUUUCUAGCCACUCCUCAAACGUAAAUAGUGCAGACAUCAGAGGAGUGGACUGAAGCAGAGUAAACGGCUUGCAUGGGGAUAAUACUGCUAUUCCAUAAACUGUAUUAAGCAUCAGUUUAACUAACGUUAGCUGUUAACAGGUAACGCAUUUCCAAUAGAAGAAUCAGCUUUCCCUUCCAAGAUCUAGAAAGGCAACCUGUAUUUGCAUUUUUUCUCUGACUGGAACACUCAACAAAUACUUACUGAGCAUGUGCCCUCUUCUGGGCACUGAGCUCCUGGAAGGCAAUUGCGAACUGGACACAACCCUCGUCCUCAGCUAAAACUCCAAACCGCAUGGCUGUCAAAGCACACACAGGUCCCCGCAGCCACCUGUAGUACACAGGAUGUGCCCAAGGCAGAGGCCAAGGUCCUGGCCAAUCACUAAGCUGCCUGUACUUCUGCUCUUUACCUGCGUUAAGUGGAGAGUAGACUAGAUGGCUUCUAUGGCUUCUCCAAAUAUAAUUCCACUGACUCAAGUUGGCACAAGCAUCCCAAGCCCUAGGGAUGCCCUCACUAAGGAAAUCAAAACAAGAUGUUGUCUUCUUCAUCUUGAAAGUUAGGCCGGGGGAGCCCCAGUUUGUGAGGGCGGAGGGGAGGCCGUAGCUUUUCAAUCUACUAAGAAAAUAAAAA